GAAGGAGGCGGCGGCGGUGGUAAAUCUUUUAUAAAUGGCGCCGAAGCAGGACCCGAAGCCUAAAUUCCAGGAGGGUGAGAGAGUGCUGUGCUUUCAUGGGCCUCUUCUUUAUGAAGCAAAGUGUGUAAAAGUUGCCAUAAAGGAUAAACAAGUCAAAUACUUCAUCCAUUACAGUGGUUGGAAUAAAAAGGAUGAAUGGGUUCCAGAAAGCAGAGUACUCAAGUAUGUGGAUACCAAUUUACAGAAACAAAGGGAACUUCAGAAAGCCAAUCAGGAGCAGUAUGCAGAGGGGAAGAUGCGAGGGGCUGCCCCUGGAAAGAAGACUGCUGGGCUGCAGCAGAAAAAUCUUGACAUGAAGACAAAAAAGAACAAACAGAAGACACCUGGAAAUGGAGAUGGUGGCAGCACCAGUGAGACACCUCAGCCUCCUCGCAAGAAAAGGGUUCGAGUAGAUCCUACUGUUGAAAAUGAAGAGACAUUCAUGAGCAGGGUUGAAGUAAAAGUCAAGAUUCCUGAAGAACUGAAGCCAUGGCUUGUUGAUGACUGGGACUUAAUUACCUGGCAAAAACAGCUCUUCUAUCUUCCUGCCAAGAAGAACGUGGAUUCCAUUCUAGAGGAUUAUGCAAAUUACAAGAAAUCUCGAGGAAACACAGAUAAUAAGGAGUAUGCAGUCAAUGAGUUUGUGGCGGGGAUAAAGGAGUACUUCAAUGUGAUGCUGGGCACUCAACUGCUCUACAAAUUUGAGAGGCCGCAGUACGCUGAGAUCCUUGCGGACCACCCUGAUGCACCCAUGUCCCAGGUGUACGGGGCACCGCAUCUCCUGAGACUGUUCGUACGAAUUGGAGCAAUGUUGGCCUAUACACCUCUGGAUGAGAAGAGUCUUGCUUUAUUACUGAAUUAUCUUCACGAUUUCCUAAAAUACCUGGCAAAGAACUCUGCAACUUUGUUUAGUGCCAGUGAUUAUGAAGUGGCUCCCCCUGAGUACCAUCGGGAAAGCUGUGUGAGGUGUGUGUACCCACCCAUGUUUGAUCUCUGUAAACACCUUUUUGUUUCUUAGUCCUUCUCUUGUACAAACAAUGUACUUUGGAAAUGUUCGUGUAUAACAAAAUUGAUGUUUGUUUUCUGUUUGAUUUUAAACAGAGAAAAUAAAAGGAGUUACAGCUC